ACACGACUAGCGUACGAAAAAGAUUUCUGGCUUACAGUAGUCCACCGAUUCCUAGCAGUUGUUUUUCGAAAACAUUUUCCAUCAACACUUUUCCAUGUCUACUACCUACCUACUCAGUAUCCUCUCCUAAAACAUAUUCAUGACAUCGUGAAUGAAAAUGUCUUCUGCUUGCACGCUUUGUACGCUUGCGCUGAAAGGAGACACAGCGGUAGCCGCCGGCUGGACCAUAGAGAUAUAGGGAAUGCAACAACACACGCUACAAGUUGCAGCCAGUGAUGAGCUUCCCAAUGUGCGGGUGUGCGCAAGUUUGAAAACUGCAACAAGUGUACUUUUGACAGUUAGUGAUGAAAGAUGGAAGUGCAAUUUGUUAAUGCAGGAGUGGUUCGCCUAUCGAUAGCGGCACUGUUCCUUACCGGAUUCCGUCGUGAUCCAUACCCUUGGAUACAGCACAAAAACCAAACCGGAACAGACGGCCAAGGAGUAGACAUCGAUUUUUACCCGGAUCUGUACCUAGCCCAAAUAUUGGGUCCAGUUUUAACUUCCUUACUGAUAACGUGCAACGUCAGUGUAAGCAAUGUACGUGAUCUCUACAGCAUAAUUCACCCACCAGUUUGCUUGUGCUACGCAUUGGGAUGCAUCCUGAAAUACUUUCGAGACACUCUCCCCGUGUGCAGUUUUGCGUUGGAAGCACUCCGGGAUAGCAAAGUAGCUCUCUACUUUUAUCAAAUCAUCAUCUACAGCUCCAGUAGCGAUCGAUACUCGUCCAUUAUUUAUGGCACUGUAGCGCAGAGCUUGGGCAAUGCGUUUCUGCAGUGGAUUAGCUUUGAAUCGAAACAGGUUUGGCCAAACACGCAAUACUUCAUGGAUCUGGCCAUUGCGAUGGUUCAUUAUUUUCUAUUUUGUCCACGUGAAUCGUGGAAGCAUUCCCUGGAAGAUUCGUUUGAAGAGAGCAAUCGAUAUGCGUUCCGUGAGUUUAUAGCUGCUGCAGUUUUCGGAGUCAUAUUGCUAUCGUCGGUCAGCAGUGCUGUUUUGCAAUGGUUAGUGAACGGCAACGAAAAGCCACUGAAGCCAUUUUUUCCACUCUUCGUGGCAUUCGAGAACAGGGAUUUCAUCUGGAAUACACUUUUCAAUGUGCUGACUCCAAUAUGCUUGCAGCACAGUGUGACUUGUUUCAGUGUUGGCAAGAAAUGGAUUGCUUGUUUUACAUUUAGCUGUAUCUCCCUGACGAUAUGUCUGUUGUAUGUCCAGACACACAGCAUGCUCUACCUUACGAUGGUGACCAUGUCGAUGAUGUCGUUUUCAUUUGGAAUGGCUCUGGCACACUUGGUUGAAAUCUGUUCUAAGGACAAAAUUGUGCUACUGCCGGCAGCCGUGCUUCUGACCGUUCACAUGGCCAUGUAUGGCUUUGGAGGGCUGCUCAAGUUGCUGCCAAAGGCCUGGACGUUGAAGAAUACCGUACUCACUGCGGUGUGGGUCAUAAAUGGAUCAUAUGCGAUAGCUUUGGUGAUUGCCAAUGGACUACUUGCGAUUAGUUCCUCCCGUAGAAGAAGGAGAAGAAUACGUAGAAUUAUCAGAACAAUUGACGUGUAGAAUAG